GAAAGAGAUCUAUAUGGCAUUGCAAAUGUUACUGUUUCGAAUGCUUGUGUUAGUCAUGUGCUCAGUCAAUGCAUUCGCGGGAGCAUCGAACGUAAUAAGCAGUUCAUGUCCACAAGACUGUGGGAAUAACGUUAGCAUUCCAUACCCUUUUGGAAUCGGAAAAGAUUGCUACGUCGGAGAUUGGUUUGAAAUAGUCUGCAAAAAUAGGUUUCCAAAACCCUUUUUGAAGAGGUUCGACCUGGAGGUGCUGGAGAUUAACAUAGAUUUACGAGGCACAGUUCGCGUCAGCUAUCCCAUAUUUUCAAACUGUACCAAUGUCACGAACAGCAAAAAUAAUCUGGAGUUAGAGAAAAGUCCUUUCGCCUUCUCCGCCAACGAGAAUAGCUUCGUUGGCAUGGGUUGCAACAACUCUGCCUCGUUGCGAAUGCGGUCCUUGCUCGAUGACACGUUGUCAUUUAGUGGGUGCACAACCCCUUGUGACAGAGGUCCAUUCACAAAUGGAAGUUUUUGCAACUCCACAAACUGUUGCCAAAUUACAAUCCCUUCUAAUCUCCAAGCAUUCAAUACAACUAUGGAGUCGAAAAGUAGUAGUGAGUACUGCAACUAUGCAUUUUUGGUCGACCAGAAUUGGUUUGAGAACAAUUUCACAGAGAGCCGAAUCCAAACAUUCAAAUAUAUAGGUGUUAGCGCAAGCCUUGGUGUCUUAUUUCUGAUUUCCGGUGGAUGGUGGUCAUACAAAGUGAUAAAGAAAAGCAUGAGGAUUAAACGCAAGGAGAAGUUUUUCAAACGAAAUGGUGGACUACUGCUAGAGCAACAACUAUCUACAUACAACAAAGACAAUGUUGAGAACACCAAACUGUUUAAUUCAAAGGAAUUGGAGAAGGCCACUGAUCGUUUUAGUGCAGAUAGAAUAAUUGGACAUGGUGGACAAGGCACUGUUUACAAAGGUAUGUUGGCUGAUGGAAGAAUUGUUGCAAUAAAAAAGUCCAACGUAAUUGAUGAAGUGAAACUUCAAGAAUUCAUAAAUGAAGUCGUGAUUCUUUCACAAAUUAAUCAUAGGAAUGUGGUUAAGUUGAUUGGCUGUUGUUUGGAAACAGAAGUUCCGCUUCUAGUUUAUGAAUUCAUUCCUAAUGGAACUCUUGCCCAAUAUCUCAAUGGCCAAAAUGAGGAGUUUCCACCAACAUGGGAUAUGCGUUUACGAAUUGCUAUAGAAGCAGCAGGGGCUCUUUUCUACUUGCAUUCAGCAGCUUCUUCACCAAUUUACCAUCGCGACAUUAAGUCUACAAACAUCCUCUUAGAUGACAAGUAUAGAGCAAAAGUUGCAGAUUUCGGAAUUUCAAGAUCUGUUGUUAUCGAUCAAACUCAUCUAAGCACACUAGUACAUGGAACUUUUGGAUAUGUAGACCCUGAGUAUUUUUGGUCAGGCCAGUUUACAGAUAAGAGUGACGUUUAUAGUUUUGGUGUUGUUCUUGUUGAGCUCUUGACCGGAGAAAAAGCUAUCUCAUCAUCAAGAACCAGAGAUAUCAAAAGUUUAGCUGCAUUUUUCGUUAUUUAA